CUACGGGCCUUGAACACCGAGGAGCGCCAGUCCCGCCUCCUUAUCCAGAAGAAAAAUGGAGUCAGACAUCUCACAAGCCUUCCAGGAAGAACUCACAUGCUUCAUCUGCCUGAACUACCUUACAGGCCCAGUCACCAUAAGCUGUGGACACAGCUUCUGCCGGCACUGUCUCUGCCUUUCCUGGGAGAAUAUCCAGCCUCCUGUCCAUUGCCCUGUAUGUAAGGAACCAUCCCAGCAGAAGGACCUCAGAACUGACCACCUUCUGAAGGAGCUGGUGUCCAUUUCCAGACAAGCCAGCCUCAGGAAGUGCCUGAGCUCUGAGGAGAACCUGUGUGUGACCCACAAAGAGACAAAGAGGAUCUUCUGUCAAGAGGACAGGCUCCUGCUCUGUCAACUCUGCUCCAACUCUGAGGAGCAUGAAGGUCACACACUCUGUCCCACUGAAGCAGCUGUUGAGAAGCAGAGGGAGAAACUACUAGAGCAAAUGACAUGCUUAUGGGAAAAGAUCCAAGAAAAUCAGAGGCAUCUAAAUGAAGAGAAGAAAAUAAUCCUGGCUUGGAUGGGCUAUGUGCCUCUACGAGAAGUGUUGGUCAGGACAGAAUAUCGGAAACUGCAUCCAGUCAUCCUUGAGGAAGAAAUGCAACAUGUAGAGAGUCUGAAAAAUGAAGGCCAAAGUAUUUUAGAGAAACUACAGAAAAGCACAGCCAUAAUGGUACGAAAGAGGAAUCAACUAAGAGAAACAUACCAGGAACUGGCAGCAAGGUGCCAGGGGACGCACAUGGAGCUACUCCAGGAUUUGAGAGAAAUAUUGACAAGGAGUGAGUCAGUGCAGCAGUCCAUGCCCCAGCCUAUGAAACUAGCACUCAGUGCCCAGCCCAUCACAGGACUAGUCCACAGAUCCAACCAUUUCCGAGUGGAAAUUUUCUUUGAAAAUGAAAUCAUGAUCCAUUACAAGAUGAACCUAUUUAAUGAGGUGAGACGAUUCAGCUUUCCACAUCAACUUCAGGACGCAUCUGUGAAUUCUGAUGGAUGCUACUCUGUUUUCUGGGGAACCCAGAGCUUCAGUUAUGGGAAACAUUAUUGGGAACUGUUUGUAUGUGACUCUUGGGACUGGGCUAUAGGGGUCUGUAAAGAUUCCCAGUUAACCAAGUGUGGCCCACUGAUUGAACUGAAGGAUGUGUUCCUUCUUGUAUUUGUGAAGGAGGGUGACUAUUACAGCCUCCUGACCACCUCCCCAUCACUUCUUCAUUAUGUAGAGAUACCACUGGGCCAAAUCGGUGUGCUCCUUGAUUGUGACCUUGGAAGUGUGAGCUUCUUGAAUGUGGCCAAGAAUUCCCUCAUAUGGAAGUACCCUACUGGUGCCUUCAAUUUCCCUGUCAGACCUUUCUUCUCCAUUGGCCACGCAUGAUGGGGAUAGGCUGUAUGCUAAGUCAUCCAUAACUCAGGGAGCCUGUCUCAAUUGAAG